AUGACAGAGCCACAGACAAUAACUGCACAGCUACCACCAAUUUAUUCUUUCCCUCCUUUAUAUACAUGCCAGCCCAAUGCGCUGAUCAGACAACAGCAGUUAGAUACAUGGUGUGAACUAAUACUAGAAUUUGCAAAAACAAAUAAGGCAUGGUGCAUGUCUCAGGAAGGAACAAUUGUGACAAAUUCUGAACAGGCCUCCUCCAUCCCAAGCAUAUUUGUGAACGAGCAAAUUCAACGGUCAGCAGCUGCUCCCUUCAUAGAAGAGAUAUGGUCAAAAAUGCUUCAAUCAGAGAAGGCCAUAAGGUCAAGCAAGUCGACGUACAUUAUCCUAUGGAAAAGCCUAGAUUCUUGGAGUUCCCUCAUAUUGCAGUGGUGUGAAUCUUCAGGGAAACUUAAUCAAGUUAUUACGCUUUAUGAGCUGACGGAAGGUGAUGAAACUUUGGACUGGGAAUUCCAUGGAAUGGACAUCGAACUCUGCGAGAAAUGCCUUCUCAAGCUCUGUGAUCGCGGUAGGGCCACUAUGCUCAAGGAUCAAGGCAAAGUAAUGGGGGUAAAAAUCGUGUAA